GGAGACCCGAACACAGUCCUGAGAAAUAACAUGUAUAAAUUGACAACGCCAAACAACACCCUUUAUAACGCCAAGGUCAACGUGACAUGUGUACCAGGUUACCACUUAAAUCAAACCCAAGAAAACCACCCAAAUGGAACCCAACGUACCGACGAUGUCACGGAAAUUAUCACUUGUGAGGAUACUGGAAACUGGAGUCAAAUAUCUGGUUGUCAGCCAAAGGAUUGUGGAGACCCGAACACAGUCCUGACAAAAAACAUGUAUACAUUGACAACGCCAAACAACACCCUUUAUAACGCCAAGGUCAACGUGACAUGUGUACCAGGUUACCACUUAAAUCAAACCCAAGAAAACCACCAAAAUGGAACCCAACGUACCGACGAUGUCACGGAAAUUAUCACUUGUGCGGAUACUGGAAACUGGAGUCAAAUAUCUGGUUGUCAGCCAAAGGAUUGUGGAGACCCGAACACAGUGCUGACAAAUAACAUGUAUAAAUUGACAACGCCAAACAACACCCUUUAUAACGCCAAGGUCAACGUGACAUGUGUACCAGGUUACCACUUAAAUCAAACCCAAGAAAACCACCAAAAUGGAACCCAACGUACCGACGAUGUCACGGAAAUUAUCACAUGUGCGGAUACUGGAAACUGGAGUCAAAUAUCUGGUUGUCAGCCAAAGGAUUGUGGAGACCCGAACACAGUCCUGAGAAAUAACAUGUAUAAAUUGACAACGCCAAACAACACCCUUUAUAACGCCAAGGUCAACGUGACAUGUGUACCAGGUUACCACUUAAAUCAAACCCAAGAAAACCACCCAAAUGGAACCCAACGUACCGACGAUGUCACGGAAAUUAUCACUUGUGCGGAUACUGGAAACUGGAGUCAAAUAUCUGGUUGUCAGCCAAAGGAUUGUGGAGACCCGAACACAGUCCUGAGAAAUAACAUGUAUAAAUUGACAACGCCAAACAACACCCUUUAUAACGCCAAGGUCAACGUGACAUGUGUACCAGGUUACCACUUAAAUCAAACCCAAGAAAACCACCCAAAUGGAACCCAACGUACCGACGAUGUCACGGAAAUUAUCACUUGUGCGGAUACUGGAAACUGGAGUCAAAUAUCUGGUUGUCAGCCAAAGGAUUGUGGAGACCCGAACACAGUCCUGAGAAAUAACAUGUAUAAAUUGACAACGCCAAACAACACCCUUUAUAACGCCAAGGUCAACGUGACAUGUGUACCAGGUUACCACUUAAAUCAAACCCAAGAAAACCACCCAAAUGGAACCCAACGUACCGACGAUGUCACGGAAAUUAUCACUUGUGCGGAUACUGGAAACUGGAGUCAAAUAUCUGGUUGUCAGCCAAAGGAUUGUGGAUACCCAAACACAGUCCUGAGAAAUAACAUGUAUGAAUUGACACCGCCAAACAACACCCUUUAUAACGCCAAGGUCAACGUGACAUGUGUACCAGGUUACCACUUAAAUCAACCCCAAGAAAACCACCCAAAUGGAACCCAACGUACCGACGAUGUCACGGAAAUUAUCACUUGUGCGGAGACUGGAAACUGGAGUCAAAUAUCUGGUUGUCAGCCAAAGGAUUGUGGAGACCCGAACACAGUCCUGAGAAAUAACAUGUAUAAAUUGACAACGCCAAACAACACCCUUUAUAACGCCAAGGUCAACGUGACAUGUGUACCAGGUUACCACUUAAAUCAACCCCAAGAAAACCACCCAAAUGGAACCCAACGUACCGACGAUGUCACGGAAAUUAUCACUUGUGCGGAUACUGGAAACUGGAGUCAAAUAUCUGGUUGUCAGCCAAAGGAUUGUGGAGACCCGAACACAGUCCUGAGAAAUAACAUGUAUAAAUUGACAACGCCAAACAACACCCUUUAUAACGCCAAGGCCAACGUGACAUGUGUACCAGGUUACCACUUAAAUCAACCCCAAGAAAACCACCCAAAUGGAACCCAACGUACCGACGAUGUCACGGAAAUUAUCACUUGUGCGGAUACUGGAAACUGGAGUCAAAUAUCUGGUUGUCAGCCAAAGGAUUGUGGAGACCCGAACACAGUCCUGAGAAAUAACAUGUAUAAAUUGACAAUGCCAAACAACACCCUUUAUAACGCCAAGGUCAACGUGACAUGUGUACCAGGUUACCACUUAAAUCAAACCCAACAAAACCACCCAAAUGGAACCCAACGUACCGACGAUGUCACGGAAAUUAUCACUUGUGCGGAUACUGGAAACUGGAGUCAAAUAUCUGGUUGUCAGCCAAAGGAUUGUGGAGACCCGAACACAGUCCUGAGAAAUAACAUGUAUAAAUUGACAAUGCCAAACAACACCCUUUAUAACGCCAAGGUCAACGUGACAUGUGUACCAGGUUACCACUUAAGUCAAACCCAAGAAAACCACCCAAAUGGAACCCAACGUACCAACGAUGUCACGGAAAUUAUCACUUGUGCGGAUACUGGAAACUGGAGUCAAAUAUCUGGUUGUCAGCCAAAGGAUUGUGGAGACCCGAACACAGUCCUGAGAAAUAACAUGUAUAAAUUGACAAUGCCAAACAACACCCUUUAUAACGCCAAGGUCAACGUGACAUGUGUACCAGGUUACCACUUAAAUCAAACCCAAGAAAACCACCCAAAUGGAACCCAACGUACCGACGAUGUCACGGAAAUUAUCACUUGUGCGGAUACUGGAAACUGGAGUCAAAUAUCUGGUUGUCAGCCAAAGGAUUGUGGAGACCCGAACACAGUCCUGAGAAAUAACAUGUAUACAUUGACAACGCCAAACAACACCCUUUAUAACGCCAAGGUCAACGUGACAUGUGUACCAGGUUACCACUUAAAUCAAACCCAAGAAAACCACCCAAAUGGAACCCAACGUACCGACGCUGUCACGGAAAUUAUCACUUGUGCGGAUACUGGAAACUGGAGUCAAAUAUCUGGUUGUCAGCCAAAGGAGACCAUUAUAGAGGUAUCGCCAGGACUAACAUCUCGCACGCCCGAGAAUACCAAAGUGGACGUGAAUGAAGAUUCUGAACACCAAACAUCGGAAUCUAAAUGCAGGGUUAACAUUAGAAAAGCAAUCACAAAUUUAUAUAAAAAAUUACCUUCAUGACUCCAGAAGAAGAGUGCAAAUAGUGAAUGUGCAUUGAUUACAUAAUUGUAAAUGAUAAUAUGAAAAGUAUUGAUAUCAAUCAGUAUCAUUGAUAUGUAUUUCUAUUAUCGAUUGUUGUGAAUAACUGAAAUGAAAGUAACAAAACACUCAAAUAACGUUUCUAAAGGUUAAUAUUUGACCAAUGCCGACCGUAGGUGAAUCAAGAAUCUAAAAUGUAGAUUUAUUUAUGUUGGCCUUUUAAAUUAACAGAUUGUUUUAUUUUAAAUGGGGUAAUAGCUAACAACCACUCAAACUUCAAAAUAUCAAUUUGUUUAAUAGUGUUAUAUAUACAUACAUUUAAGAAGACAUUUCACACAUUGAUCAAUUUUUCCCCUUGUUUUCGCAUUGAUUUUUGUAAUACAAAUAACGUUUUCUG